UCAAUCAAAAUUCAAACCGUCAACAUGGAACGCUGGCAAAAUCGCGUCGCAGUUGUUACCGGAGCAAGUUCCGGCAUUGGAUCGGCCAUAGCCAAGGAUCUGGUCAAGGCAGGCAUGACUGUGGUGGGUCUGGCCCGUCGGGUGGACCGGGUGAAGGAGCUGCAGAAGGAUCUGCCGGUGGAGAAGCGGGGCAAACUCUUUGCCCUUUACUGCGACGUGGGCAGCGAGAGCUCUGUGAACGAAGCCUUUGAUUGGAUCAUCAAGAAAUUGGGCGCCGUCGAUAUUCUGGUGAACAAUGCUGGAACCCUGCAGUCGGGUCACCUGGUGGACAUGAAUCCUGCCCAGAUGCAGCUAGUGCUUCAGACCAACAUCAUGGGCAUCGUUCUCUGUACCCAACGAGCUGUCCGCUCGAUGCGGGAGCGCAAAUUCGAUGGUCAUGUGGUGCUCAUCAACAGCAUCCUUGGGCAUAAGACCAUGACGGCGAUGGAGGGUGUGGCACCAGAUGUCAAUGUCUAUCCGCCGAGUAAGCAUGCUGUGACUGCCCUGGCCGAAGGAUAUCGCCAGGAGUUCCUUGGAUUGGGCACUCGCAUCAAGAUUACGAGCGUCAGUCCGGGAGUGGUGGACACGGAGAUCCUGCCCGACAGCAUCCGGGAGGCGAUCAAGGACCGCAUGCUCCAUUCGGAGGAUAUUUCCCAAGGUGUGCUGUAUGCCAUCGGUACUCCGCCACAUGUCCAAGUCCAUGAGUUGACCAUAAAACCAAUAGGAGAGACCUUGUAGAGAUGUCCUUAAGGAUAUUUUCUUUAAAUUAAUGUUUUUUUUUCUAGCUUUAUCAUAUUUUUUGUUAAGCCGUUAAAUGCGCACAUUUUGUGUUACUUUUGUCACAGCUUUGAUUGAUUUUGAUUUGUGUUUUCUACACCCACCAAUUAGUUUAAGGAAA